GGCGCGGUGACGUCCUUCCAAGAUGGCGGAGAGAGCGUGAAGAAACUGUUCCCCCUUGGAUUGCUCUAGAACAAGGGUAAAAUUCCAUUCUGAUAUCAAAAUGCAGUAUUCGCACCACUGUGAGCACCUUUUAGAGAGACUGAACAAACAACGGGAAGCAGGUUUUCUUUGUGACUGCACCGUAGUGAUUGGGGAAUUCCAGUUUAAAGCUCAUAGGAAUGUGCUUGCCUCAUUUAGUGAGUAUUUUGGUGCGAUCUACAGAAGCACUUCCGAGAACAAUGUCUUCCUUGAUCAGAGUCAGGUGAAGGCUGAUGGAUUUCAGAAACUGUUGGAGUUUAUAUACACAGGAACUUUAAAUCUUGACAGUUGGAAUGUUAAAGAAAUUCAUCAGGCUGCUGACUAUCUCAAAGUGGAAGAGGUGGUCACUAAAUGUAAAAUAAAGAUGGAAGAUUUUGCUUUUAUUGCUAAUCCCUCUUCUACAGAGAUAUCUAGUAUUACUGGAAACAUUGAAUUGAAUCAACAGACUUGUCUCCUUACUCUACGAGAUUAUAACAGUCGGGAAAAAUCAGAAGUGUCUACAGAUUUAGUUCAGGCAAAUCCUAAACAAGGGGCUUUAGCAAAGAAGUCAUCUCAAACUAAAAAGAAGAAGAAGGCCUUCAACUCCCAGAAAACAGGACAAAAUAAAACAGUGCAAUAUCCCAGUGACAUUUUAGAGAAUGCAUCUGUUGAAUUAUUUUUAGAUGCAAAUAAAUUAUCCACACCUGUAAUAGAACAGGUUGCACAAAGAAAUGAUAAUUCAGAACUCGAAUUGACGUCAGUUGUGGAAAAUACUUUUCCAGCACAAGAUAUUGUGCAAACUGUUACAGUGAAACGGAAACGUGGAAAAUCACAACCAAACUGUGCUCUGAAAGAACACUCUAUGUCUAAUAUAGCCAGUGUCAAGAAUUCUUAUGAGCUGGAGAGCUCUGGGGAAGAGCUGGAUCAGAGGUAUUCCAAGGCCAAGCCAAUGUGUAACACAUGUGGGAAAGUGUUUUCAGAAGCCAGCAGCUUGAGAAGGCAUAUGAGAAUACAUAAAGGAGUUAAACCUUAUGUCUGCCACUUGUGUGGAAAGGCAUUUACCCAGUGUAACCAGCUGAAAACGCAUGUAAGAACUCAUACAGGUGAGAAGCCAUACAAAUGUGAAUUGUGUGAUAAAGGAUUUGCUCAGAAAUGCCAGCUGGUCUUCCAUAGUCGUAUGCAUCAUGGUGAGGAAAAACCCUAUAAAUGUGAUGUAUGCAAUUUACAAUUUGCAACUUCUAGCAAUCUCAAGAUUCAUGCAAGGAAGCAUAGUGGAGAGAAGCCAUAUGUCUGUGAUAGGUGUGGACAGAGAUUUGCUCAAGCCAGCACUUUGACCUAUCAUGUUCGUAGGCAUACUGGAGAAAAGCCUUAUGUGUGUGAUACUUGUGGGAAGGCAUUUGCUGUCUCUAGUUCUCUUAUCACUCAUUCUCGAAAACAUACAGGUGAAAAACCAUACAUAUGUGGUAUUUGUGGGAAAAGUUUUAUUUCCUCAGGAGAGCUCAACAAACACUUUCGAUCCCAUACAGGAGAAAGGCCAUUUAUCUGCGAAUUAUGUGGAAAUUCUUACACAGAUAUUAAAAAUUUAAAGAAGCACAAAACAAAAGUCCAUUCCGGUGCAGAUAAAAAUCUAGAUUCUAGUAUAGAGGAGCAUCCCUUGAGUGAACAAGAUUCCAUACAAAAAAGUCCGUUAUCAGAAACAUUGGAUGUGAAACCUUCUGAUAUGACUUUACCACUGUCUCUUCCACUUGGAACUGAGGACCACCACAUCCUUCUGCCUGUCACAGAUAAUCAGUCUCCUACAUCAGAUACAUUGUUGAGAUCAACUGUGAAUGGGUAUUCAGAACCACAGUUGAUUUUUUUACAGCAAUUAUACUGACUUUGUGAGGAAUAUGGAAUUUCUAAGACGUCUCUGGUAGUAAACAUAAACAUCUCUGGUAAGGUGCAUAUAUUCAUAUUAAAUUACCAUUCGAGUUGUAACCAUUAUUUUUUUCAUUCACUGAAGUAAACACCUGAUGCUGCAUCGUAACUGCAAUGCUUGUUUUGAUUUUUGGCUUUUAUGUCUAGAUUAUAAACACAACAUGUAAGAAGUGAAUUAUACUGUAGUAGCACUAUUUUGGAUGGAUAAGUUAUAUUUUCUUUUAGAGCUGCCUUAAUUCAUUUUUAUUUUGCAUUUUAAAUUGCCUGUCAUUUAUUGAAGUGGAAUCUUUCCAUUUAUAUGAGUCAGUUUUGACCUGUGGGAUUUUUUUACUUUUUCCCCUCAAAAUUUAAGCAUACUCCAUGAUAGUAUCAGGCCAAGAGUGUUGCUGUUACUAAGCCCCAUAGAUCAAUAUAUAAACUAUGGGGGGAAAGUAAAUUUUCAUAUUUCUACUUAAGAGAAUUUAGGUACUGAAUAAGAAUUAUGCUAUUUAGUAUAUUCCAUUGGAGGUAACUUUUCUAAUGAAUUUAAAAAGUGUUUUUCUUAAAAGCUAGAAAACUAUGUACACUUUUGUUCUUUUAGAAUUCAGUAUUCUGGAGAAAAGCAAGGGUCAGUACUUCCGACUUAACUGAGUUAUCUGAGACUACAUUUGCAAAACGAGUUUUAAAUAAAUCAUUUAAUGUUUUUAACUUGUUAAAAGACAGUUUCAAAAUGUGAUUCAGGUUAUGUUUUAAUAGGUUUCUACAUUACUGGUGAUGAGGAAAAUAUACUGAGUUUUGAAAAUUUUUGAUAAGCUUCCCUUAUACCUGCUAUUCUCUUUUUAAAAUACUAAGUUCUAAAAAGAAUUUUUUAAAUAUAAACUUAAUGCAUACUCUAAAUCUCUUGGCCUCUGAAUUGACACACUAUAAUUACAUAAAGAAUUAAGAAACUAGCUUCAAUUAUAAGUGAACAUUUGAGUUAUAAAACCAGUUUAUUAACUAUUUUAUGUUUAAGUUUUCUAUAAGUUUUGAGUUUUAAAAUUUUAUAAAUUAAACCACAACAUUUGGCUGUUGUCAUAGUUUCACAGUAGUCUGUUUCCUUCCUGCUGAAUGUAGAAAAUUGAGUAUCCUUCUGAUACUUACUACCAGUCUUCCCCAUCCCACUUUUCCCACAUAAUUGAUUUAUUUUGCUGCCUAAUCUUUGGACAUUAAAUUAUCAGUUCCACAGAGUCAAUUUCUGUACUGCUGAUCAAACACCAUGGUGA